AUGAAAGGGCAAAAGAAACCCGACAAAAGACUCCCACCUAGGCUGUUCGCGACAGAUCGGUUCCCCACCCGUCGUCAUAACAUUUUCUCCAAGCCAGACAUCUUACCAUUCAUUCAGAAUGUCUUAAAGGACACGGACGAGCUGCAGUACAUCAAGAACUCUUGUUUCGGUGGGCUGUUUGAUCUUCCUGCACGCCAGUGUCCUGUCUCGUGCAAAAUUAUCCACGCCUUUCUCACCAGACAGCUUAUUUGCGAGGACAGACACACCUUGUGGUCAGUCUUUGGAAGCGACGCAGUUCGUUUUGCUCUCCCAGAGUUUGGCACAAUCACAGGGUUACCAUGUGGUGAGUUCCCCGCAGACUACGAGACCGAACUAGAAGAUCAGAGCCAAGCCAACAAAGAUCCAGACUGGAUCAGGCUCAUCGGGAAGAAGAAGUUUGUCACUAAUGCUGAUCUUAAAAACAGACUCGCCACCGACACAAAGAUGCCAGGGCGUAAGAAGUUGCAGAUAGCUUUGAUACUGAUCGUCGACAGCGUCCUUAUUGCUCACCAGCAGAAGACACGCCCCACUCUGAAGUACGUAAAGAUGGUUCAGGACGUCGACGCUUUCUGCCAGCACCCCUGGGGCAGAGAGUCAUUCCUCAAGACCAUCAAUUGCAUGAAACCGCCUUUGGAUUGCGAAGACCCUGCUGGCGAGCUUGUCAAACUGCUGAAACAGGAAACAUACCGUCUUCAGGGGUUUCCACUAGCUUUGCAACUCCUUGCAUUUCAGGCUGUUCCGCAAUUGCAGUCCUUAAUCCCAGCCCCCUUAGACACGCUUUCAAUCAGCGAUCUCGAAUAA